CCCCUCCCCCGCCUUGUAGCCACCAUAGACCCGACAGUCAACAUGAGAGCCUUUAUUGCAGUUGUGUGCCUUAUCGCAGCCGUGUCUGCCCGUUCCCUCCAGAAAAGGAGCGAUGAUGAUGGAGGUCACUGGGAAGCAACAUGGUUGGCAUCUGAAGAUGAUGUCUUAAAAAGUACUGCAGAGGAGGUAAAGGCCAUUAAGGGCAAGCUUUUGAGAGAUGUCGACGGUUUGGAUAAUGCUUUGAAAAACCUUAUGAGCGGAGCAAGCACCAAGGAAGACGAGGAGAUGGCUGCCGGUGCCUUUGAGGGCGCUGUUAUGCUGACCAUGAUGGACGCCAAGGAAAACAGCAUCCCACCAAUGGACCUCCCCAUCCCAAGACAAUGCUCCAAAGAUGCCAUCGCUGCUAUUGGUUCAUGCCCUGAACAAUUCAUGCGCAUCGGAGAAUGCAUGCGAGGAGCAUGCAAAGCUGUCAAGGAGGCCCUCGGCUCAGAUAAAGAUCUCGUCCAGCAGGUUGCAUUCACCAAGGGAGUCGUCGCUCUGAUUGCCAAGGGAGCCCGUGGUGUUGGUGAACUGGCAAAGGCCUGUGGAUAUGCCGAGAAAAAGAAGAGAGAUUUCGAGGACUGGGCUGCCGCUGGUUUGAUCAGCGAAGAUGAGCUGAAGAACGUCGAUAAGGCUGAGGUUGAGAGAGUUGCCGGAAACCUGAAGAAAGACAUGGAUGCUAUUGACGCCGACCUUGACAAUCUGCUGUCAGAAGGCAUUGAUGGCCCAGCCGCUGAAGCAGUUGAGAAGCACCUCGAAGCCUCAGUGGAACUUGCUGAACUCCACGAGGAAAAGGGAACUGAUGCUAUCAAGCCAGCCCGUGUUGAGGUCCCAAAAGGAUGCAGAAAGGAGGACUUCGGCGCUGACUGCGAAGAGAACUUCAAGAGAGUUGUUGGAUGUCUGAAGAAAGCCGUCAAGGGAAUGAAGGAAACCUUCGACAGUGAUGCCCCAGUUGUCGGAAAGAUUGCCAAGGUUAAGGGAAUCGUCAAACUUGUCUCUCAGGCUGCUGGACCCAUUAAGGAGUUGCGUGAUGCCUGCACCUCCAAGAGAUCUCUCGCCAAGUUCUUCAACUAAUUCGCCGACCAUGACUCAUCAAUUAUGAUUUCUCUCCACAACGAGAAUUGAAACUUAUGUGUAUUUUUUAAUAAAUGUUUUGCAUUC